AAAAUUAAUAAAAUAUAUUCAAAGUUAAAAGCCAGUCAAUUAUAUUAAUUAAAUCUUAAUAUUCUUAAAAAAUGUUUUACAAAACGUAUUCUUUUGUUUUAAUUUUUAUGUGUUGUUCUUAUUUUAAAAAUGUUAUUGCAGAUAUACUUUUCAGUGACAAAGCAGGAAAUAAAAUUUUUCAUAUGAUAGCUGAUAGUACCGAAAAAUAUGGAAAUAUUGAAAUGACUUUUGUAAAUGUUAAAGACAUUUUUGCAGAAAUUUGUUUGAAUUAUACGAAUGAUUAUAGCUGUCAUAAUAAUGGACAAGAAAUUAAGCUUAAAAUUACGUUUAAAGAAGAUUAUAUCCUAUUAAUGCACAACACAUCAUUAUAUAGAUACCAAUACGAUGGACAAUGUAUUAAUGAAUUGGAAUCAUUUAUACAAGAGUUUGACUACAAUAUUGAAUUCAAAGUAGUUAAAAUCAAUACUUAUCACGAAUAUAUACAAAUCACGCGAAUACAAAGUAUGAAGAGUAAUCUUAAUAGCAAUACACAUUUAAUAAAUGAUACAAUUUAUGAUGAAAAAAUGAAAGGUCAACUAGAAGGUAUUCAAAAAUUGCCUUUAUGGAAUUAUGUCAAAAAUGAUCUUAUUGAAUUGAAUUCUAUUGAAAAAUCUUAUAUAGCGCUUGAAGAUUUAAUUAAUAAUUCAACAACAUACGAAAGAACUCUUCAAUCAACUAUUGAUGAAGCAAAGAAUAUUAUGUUUGAUCGAUCUUUAAAUAUCUACUUGAAACACUUAAUAAAUGAAAAGUAUGAUGGAACAGGUAGACUGAUUAGAUUAAAAAUGAUGGUACAACAAUACGCAUGCUAUUUUUUAACACACGAAGAAUUGAAAAAAUAUGAUUUUCAAAAUAUAUUUACACAUUCCGAUCUUUGGGAUAAUAACAUACUACCACAAGAUUUAAUAAAUGAAUUAUUAAAAGGAUUUCCCAAACAACAAGAAAANCCUUCCGAACUUUGGGAUAAUCACAUACUACCACAAGAUUUAAUAAAUAAAUUAUUGGAUGAAUUUCCCAAAAAACAAGAAAAUGAAGAGUCAUACAAUUUUCAUGAUAUAUCAGAAGAUCUCGAUGAAUUAAAAGAAAAGGCAUAA